AUGCAAAGUGUUUACCCUGUUAGCCCACCAGUACCUGCAAGUGGAGGAUAUGAGGGGGUUGGGGAAGUGUAUUCUCUUGGAUCUGGAGUGAGUAAUCUCUCAGUGGGUGAUUGGAUCAUACCAUCUCCUCCAUCCUUUGGGACAUGGCAGACUUAUAUUGUGAAAGAAGAGAAUGUUUGGCACAAACUAGAUAAAGGUGUUCCUAUGGAGUAUGCUGCUAGUGUUACUGUAAAUCCUUUGUAUGCUAUGCAUAUGCUGGAAGAUUUCGUUAGGCUAAAUCCUGGUGAUACUAUUGUGCAAAAUGGUGCAACUAGUAUUGUGGGACAAAGCAUUAUUCAGCUCGCUAAAAACCAGGGCAUUCAUAGUGUGAAUAUUUUGAGGGACAGAGUGGAGCUGGUUCCUUUUGAUGAUUUCUACAUUGCCUUAGACAAGGCACUUGGGAAAUUAGGGAGCCAUGCCAAACAAGUUAUCAAAUUCUAA